AAUGCCUUACGCAAGCACCGCACCUAACCGUCGACCUUUCAGUCUAGCAAAUUUCAAAUUACGCUUGCGAUACAUGUUUUCCCAUUUUGGCUUUCUCUUCAGCAAGUUCGGCAAGUACAUUGCCCCAGCGUACUACCAUGACCGGUGCGAAAGGUCUGUGCAAAUGCGCUUGUACACAAUGCACAAGCGAGAAUUCGUCGUCGUCUUCGCUGUGUUCUUUGCCUGUCUGUGUCUGUGUUUGUUUAUCGGUCUGGCCGGACCCCCAAUCACGACAACGGUUGCGCGCAGCUCAUCUCAGCUGCUACCUCCCAACGAAAAUAUCUCUUCUCUCAACAUGGCUACCGGGCCAUUCACGCUAAAGACGCCGACGCUAUCGGCGUACAGUCAGCAGUUAUGGAUAAUAGCUCAAGUCACCAUAAAAAAUGAGGAUGAAGAUGAAACAUUUAGAAAGUCUUUCCAUUUGGGCGUCAGGAUUCAGGGCAUCACUUUAAAGAGACAAACCAUUGACAUUUUCGGUUUAGCCGAGCCGCAUAUCAGGACUCGGGAACUUGUCUGCACUGGAAAAAAAUGCGACACCUUCACGGUGUUGCACCUCGGAUUCCUGGAUUACACGAGAUACUUGGUCACCGUCACUUUCUACGGGUUGGAGAACAUCGACGAAAAAUAUCACAUUCAAGACGUCACGUUUUUUUAUAAAAGCUAUAAUCCAUCGUUCACGCAGCUGGAAAUAUGGUUCAGGUUCAUAUUCUUGCUCAUAACGUUUUUCAUAACGUGUUGGUUUGCCCACACACUACGGAGGUUUGCGUUUCACGACUGGUCCAUAGAGCAAAAGUGGAUGUCCAUUUUGUUACCAUGCCUUUUACUCCAUAAUGAUCCCGUAUUCCCGAUGUCUUUGCUCGUUAACCACUGGAUACCAGGAAUGUUGGACGCCAUGUUCCAAGCCACGUUCCUAUGUUCUCUUCUCUUGUUCUGGCUAUGCGUCUACCAUGGCAUUCGACAGAAUGAGCGCCGGCUGGUGUCGUUCUAUGUCCCUAAAGUGCUUAUCGUCGGGAUGCUGUGGAUGGCAGCCUUCGUCCUGGCAUCGUGGCAGCGUUACAACGAGCUCAGGGACCCAACGUACAGUUACAAGGUCGACACGAGUGGAUUUUAUGGACUAAAGAUAUUCUUCUUCACUGUUGGGUCGGUGUACCUUCUCUAUCUACUGUACCUUGUUAUACAAGCCUAUACCGAGCUCAGAUCCAUGCCUUACUUUGAUGUUCGGCUCAAGUUUAUGACGUCACUGAUGCUCAUCGUGUUGUCGCUCACAAUUCUGAUAACUGUGAUGAGGUUCGGGAUAUCUGUUCUCGAAGACAACUUUGUGGCUGAAUUGUCUACGAGUUACGGCAAUUCUGCGGAGUUCAUGUCGUUCUACGGACUCCUCAACUUUUACUUAUACACGAUGGCGUACGUGUACUCGCCGCCCCCGAAUGCCUUUCUUGAGUCACACGUUAAAGACAACCCUACCCUCUCCAUGAUUAACGACUCCGACGAGGAGGUCAUUUAUGGGUCUGAUGCCGAAGAACGCCUCCUUCAUCCUUCGAGGUCAAGUCAAGAUAAAGAAGAGAGUGACUGAAGGUGUCAAACUUGAGUACCAGAUAAGAGGUCGAGGCAGAAGGAUGCCUCAUGAAAACUUAUUAGACAAGAUUCUGGCUUACACAAUUUCAAAAUGAUGGCAUCGUCUCCUGAAGACUAAUUCAAAUACACGGCGGACAUUUAGAAACCUUGCAACUUAAAGGAGCGGCGAAGGUCCAUUCCAUAAAUACGUUUUUCCUUGGCUGCAGGCCUUUGGCACGACAGGUAACAUCUGCUCGUGUGGAAGUACGAUGAUCCUAGCCACCCGUAGGGUGUGCACGAAAAGUCUUUGAUGAGCACACCGUCUUCGAAACCUUCGGUAAACCUGGUAACUCCUUCAGGAGGCCGAGUGUAUAGCUGACAUCGCUCAGUGACUUGGAGAACACCCCACAAGCCGAACUGAAAACCGCUAAAAACCCGUAUUUUUCGCUGAAACUAUUUUCGAACCAAAAUAUUUUUUUCUCGCGUUGAACCGAAGCGGAACUGAACCGAAAUAAAUUUAGGCGCUUACCGGUUGGCGUAACGGUUCAGACGUAAUGUGCGUUUUUGAGAGAUCGGAACUACGAUUUACACAGCGGAUUGAGCCGCGUUGCCAAACAAAUUUGAAACCGAAACUGAAAAAAAAAAAAAAAAAAAUAUGCGACCCAAGUGUGCAAGGUAUUUCCUCCUCGCAGCUAUUCAGUUGUGUUAGUUUCGAGGUCGUCCUCUUGUCAGUUGUAGUCUUUCUUCUACGCGAUUUAUGUCGUCAACACUGCUGUGUCGGCAACAACAACAACAACAACAACAAAAGUACACUUGUGUUAUUUGAGAACCGUAAAGAUGUGCUUGCUUUUGACCCCAUGGCAAUCCGCUCAAAAUUCACUUUCGUGAACCGGUUCGAACCGAUAUUUUGCGCUACUGCGGAGCUGAACCCGAACCAAUCUGCAUGAACCAGAAUGCGAACCGAACCGGAAAAAAAAUAACGUUUCCGAUCCCCGCCCACAAGUGGGGUGUUCCCUGCGGACGAAUUUUCAAUGAGAAAGGCAGCCUUGCGGCUACUCCCCACAUUGAUACUACAUCACAGACACACACAGCUGAUUACAUCACGCCAGGAGAUUGGGCCGGGCCUCAAAACCCGAUGCCGCACGGCUCGUGGCAGUCUUUUGGAGACGUUUUUGUAAAUUUCACUGCGCUCAGCAAAAAUACUGAGUAUGAUGGUUCCCCAUCGACUGAUACAACAUUUCCAGCAAUUUGUUUUUUAAAUUGUCGUCGGCAAUAUGGAACCAGUUACAAUGUCUCGUAGAAGUGUUACGGGCUACUUAUAGUGUUUGCCGACACAACAAAUGUUACAUGACCGUGGGAAACAGCACUGUACAUAUUCCACAACAACAAUGCUGAUGUAUGUCUCAAAUAUUUCCCGGAACAGGAUGUUGGGUCAACACAAGGCCAAGGACGUUCCUCGUUCCUCCUGUACAGUAUGAGACAAAGUCGCAUGUAUUAAAUACUUCCCUUUUACCGGAUGAGACGUCAAGGUUGAGAUGAGGGCAAGUCCAUCAAAUCCCUGUUUCCUCUUCAACUGACAUUCUGUCAGAAUGCCAACACAUCUGUAUGUUGUGUGUCAACAGUACAACAAACCUAACGCCAAAAUAAUCAGCCGUGCCUGACGGAACUUACCGCUAUACUUGUUUUCCAGGCGAUAUGUAUCUCGUCCAGCUAUUUUUUAUUUGCCCCUUCUAGAAAUCUAGAAAUGUACAUUACUGGUAUGUCAAGCGUAGUCUGUUUUCUUAACUACUGUUUCACUGCAAGUGCAGUGAAUUUUGUGUCAGUCCACAGUGUGAAAGACGUGACGAGUGCUGUCACAAUGAAAUGAACUUUUCCCUAUAUUUUUUCACGAGGUGAAAACACUUUCUACAAAAAUAAACACAUUUUAAAC